GCUAACCCACAAACCACCGCGAUAGUGACACAGUCCAACACAUCAGGAAUAACUCUCAUGGAAUAUCGCUAUCCAGUUAAAUGUUUCGAUAGGGAUUAAAGUACUGAAAUUAAUCAACGAGGAUGUCAAAAAAGGUCGAUGAUGUCAUGCGACUCUGUUGCGAGCUAUCGGCCAACCAACAGAUAAAAACCACAGUGAAAGGGUCUAGUAAGGGAGCCGUCGCGGCCGGUGGACUGGCCUUCGCUGGUGGGCUGGUUGGAGGGCCACUUGGAAUCGCAGUAGGGGGCGCUGUUGGGGGCCUGCUGGGCUGUUGGAUGACCAGCGGCCAGUUCAAGCCUCUUCCUCAGAUCAUCAUGGAGCUGUCCCUCCAACAACAGCAGAAGCUCUAUGAGGAUGUCAUGGCCAUAAUGGGGGAUGUCCAGUGGACUGAUCUGGCCCAGCUUACUGCCCUAGUGAUGGGCAACACCAGCCUUCAGCAACAGGUGACUGGAGCACUCCUUGGCUACAUAACCAAAGAACUCCAGGCAGAGGUACACUAUGUGGACUAAGGAGCUCUGUGUUAGACAGAUAUGAAGCAUUCUAUCUCUGGGACUGAGAGGGCCACAGUACCUGAUACCAGAGAAUAAGAUGAUGGUGGUCAAACCACUUUGCACAGAUCGAAAGCAGCAGGAAACAGGAACUGAGGAGACUUUACUGUUGUUGUAAUGUUGGAUAACAUUUUGCCCCAAAUGUAACAUCAGCUAUGCCUUUGAUGAAGUGAAACACGCAAGUGUUUCCUAUCCCUCUAUUGGUGAAUAAUGGUUCUGAAGUAAGAAGCCCAUUGCUGUGAAUUUUAUGUAUUUUUUGUUUUUUGCCAUUUCAAUCCACUCCAAUGCUGUGAAUGCUGCUACUGUUGCAGCCAGUGAGUAAAUUCAGUCUGCAGUUUUAAGCAGAACACAAUGUACUACUGAGUUAGACCCUGUAUACAAUCCAGUGCCAAGUAUAUCUAGAAUCAUGAUGCUAUUUAUCUGUUAUUGACAACUGUAAAAUAAUACAGAAGGAUUUUAAAUGAGCAGAAUAAAAUCAGUCAACAAAA